UCAGUACGUCGGCUUUAAAGCCGUGGCAAAUUCAUACCAUUGAAUUAUUAGAUGCAUCCGAUCUGCCUGCUUCUCGACUCAACAUAUCUUUCCCCACCAUGCUGACCUGGGAUCGAGUACGACCACCACAGGAAUACCUCCACGGAUGGAGAUUUGGUGCUAUCAAUUGUGCUAUUACAGCCACCGUUAUCUUUCUUGUUAACUUAAUUAUUACUAUUGUAUGCACUACAUAUCAGAAAAAAGGGGUGCUUUAUUGGGGAGACUGCAACAAAGUUGAGAAAAUCAACAGUAUAUUGCAUUGGAUUAUUAAUCUUCUUAGUACUGCAUUACUUAGUUCAAGUAACUACAGCAUGCAGUGUCUUUCAGCGCCGACAAGAAAAGACGUAGAUAUUGCACAUGGCCGCGGAAAGUGGCUUGACAUCGGUAUUUUAAGCGUUCGUAACUUACGUUGCAUUAACACAACACGAGGUAUACUCUGGAUUGUUUUGAUGCUCUCCUCACUUCCCCUUCAUUUACUUUAUAACUCGGUUGUAUACAUGUCACUCACCUCAUCUUCUUAUCGCGUGCACGGAUUUGUCGAAUCGGCUACAGUCCAUGGCCUUCCUGCUUUACAAAACCUGACUACCUCCAAUGGCUUUGAGCGACUUUCUGUUCUCGAUUGUUUCAAUGCCUACGCUACGGAAAUGCAAACAAGUUGGGGAGAGCUUUAUCUGAUAGCUCGGGAUGAGGAUGCCUUUCUACCGUCCAAUGUAAAACCUAUAUGGGCGGGCAUUUACAUUCUAGGUAACGGUGGUGGCAUCAUCUCCUCUCCGAACUAUUUGUCCAGCCAUUUUUCAUGGAUGUGUGAAAAUUCACAAGGAUCCCGCUGCAUUCCAGAUACUCAAAAGCUCCGUGAAAACGCCACGAAAGGGUAUAUUGCAGGAUAUCAGGUUCAAUACUGCAUAAGCAAGAAGGUGCAGCGUAGUUGCAACGUUUAUUGGAACACGCAAAUUGCAAUUAUAGUCACAGUUCUUAACUUUCUAAAGGCUGUCUUGAUCUAUUAUACCGCAUUUUGGACUCGAGAUAAGCCUUUAAUGAGUAUUGGAGACGCAGUGAUCUCGUUUCUACAAACUCCGGAUCCUACAACAAUCAACAUGUGUCUCGUCUCGAAACACAACUUUGCAAAAGCAAAGUAUAACUUUGAUGCUGGGCAAAGGCGCUGGCAAAGUAAAAAGUACCUUUGGAAAGAUGCACCGAGUAAAACACGCUGGAUCCUCUUCUUGUUAUUGCUUAUCCUCGCGAUUGCGUUUGCUUCGUACCUACUUUGUCUUGGUAUCCAAGACUUAGGUUUAAGUAGAGAAGAAAGUCUCAAAAUCUUCAAAACUCUAGGCUUUGCCGCUUUGGACCCUCGAGCGGUGAAGCGAUACCCUAACAUUCGCGGAGUUUAUAGCUACACCUUUCUCGCCAACAUUCCGCAGGUCAUAGUAUCUCUUAUCUAUUUCUCCUAUAAUAGCUUGUUUACGAGCAUGCUUCUAGCUUAUGAGUGGUCAACAUAUUCGUAUAAGAAAAAGGGAAUCAGAGUAUCUGUCAAAGCGGAGGGUGCCCAGCGGUCAUCAUACUUCCUUUCCUUGCCAUAUCGAUUCGCGCUACCCCUCAUGGCGAUUAGUAGCAUCUCGCACUGGCUGGUAUCACAAAGCGUUUUUUUUGUUGCAUUCUUCAAUCCAGACAAUCUUGGCGUAGUGGACCCUUUUGUUUACAGCUUUGGAUACUCUCCUAUUGCAAUCAUAAUUACCAUUUCGGUCGGAGUGACGAUUCUGAUCACAACAAUUGGAUUCGGAUUUAUCCCGUACAAACCAGGAACCAACUUAGUCGGAAGCUGUAGCGCCGCCAUAAGCGCAGCAUGCCACACCUUACCCACUCAAAAAUGUCAAGGGAACCAACUCAUCUACAAAAAGAUCCAAUGGGGUGUUGUGGGAAAACGUUCAGACGGCGUAGGACAUUGCUCUUUCUCAGACGAAGCGGUGGAGUUGCCUCAAAAAGGCGAAGUCUACGCUGGUUCACGCGUACCUGGUUUGCUUUCGGACAAUCGGCCUAUCGGAUCGUCGCCACACAUCUCCGCCAACCUUGUGAGCAAAAAGGAGAUUUAA